AUGCAGGAGGAGCCGGCGACUGUUCCCGUCUUCAAAGAAUCCGGGAAAUCAUCCAUCGAAGAGACUCUUCCCAAUGGCAUCGUCGACUGCGAAACCGCCGACGCGCCCACUGCGGCAGAGAUUGAUCGGAUAUACCGAAAACUCGACUGGCGCAUCAUCCCCCCCUUCUGGACCCUCUACUUCCUCUGCGCAUCUAUCAGAUCCACCGUCGGUCUCUCGCAGACGAUGAACCUGGCCGAAAAGCACGAUCUCGGGUCCGUCCUGCGCAUGACGCCGCAGCAGAGUUCGACCAGUUUGGCGCUGUUCUAUGUCUGCUAUGUGGUGUUCGACCUGCCCUCGAACCUGAUCAUGACCAGGCUCAGUCCCAGGGUGUGGAUGAGCCGAAUCGUCAUCGGUGUCGGGGUGAUUGGAAGCUGCAUGGCCGCGGUCCAGGCGGCGUGGUCGUUGUACCUCCUCCGCCUCCUGCUCGGCGUCGUCAUGGCCGGCCUCUGGCCCGGCAUGGCCUACUACCUCACGCUCUUCUACCCGCCAUCCCGCACCGGCAAGCGGAUUGGCUUGUACUUCACCGCCGCGCAGGUCUCCGCCGCCGUCGUCGGCCUGGUAUCCGCCGGCUUCCAGAAGAUGGACGGCGCGCGAGGCAUCGUCGGAUUCCGCUGGAUGUUCCUCGUCUACGGACUCUGCGGCGUCGUCACGGGGAUCUCGUUGCUCUGGUGGCUUCCCGAACGGCCCCUGCCGCCAGGCGAAGCGCCCAUGCCGCCGGGUAAACUGACGAGAUUCCUCCCUCGGACGCCGCCGGCGCUGACGGGCAGAGACGCCGCGAUUCACUACCGGGACUUGAAGCGCGUGUAUCACCGCACGCAAUGGACCCUGUCGGACCUCGCGCGCGUCCUGAUGGACUGGCGCCUCUGGCCCUUGUUAAUCAUGUACUUUGGCGUCGUCGGCGUCGGGAUAGGCGUCCAAAGCUACGGCACGGUGAUCAUCCGCUCCACCAACCCGUCACUCACCAGCAUUGAACUAAGCCUCCUCUUCGCUCCCAUCUGGAUCUCCGACCUCCUCGCCAUCCUCCUCAUCACCCCCCUCUCCGACCGCUUCCACCACCACCGCGCCCUCUUCUUCUCCCUCCCCGCCACCCUCCAGAUCCUCGGCCUCCUCCUCACCACCUACGCCGGCAACCCCACCACCAACCCCUGGCCCCGCUACGCCGGCCUCCUCAUCGUCGGCUUCGGCCUGGGCCCCACCGUCCCCAUCGCCAUGACCUGGACCAGCGAGGUCUUCCAGCCGCGCCACGGCGAGGUGGGCGUCGCCGCCGCGUCCGCCGUGGUGUCGGGCCUGGGGAACCUGGGGAGUAUCGUGAGCACGUAUGCGCUGUAUGCGGGGUGGGAGAGCGAUCGUGUGGCGACGGGAGGGAGGCAGUAUCGGAAGAGUAAUUGGGUGUUGAUUGGGAUGUUGCUGGGCAGUGUGGGGGCCGCCGUGGUGAUGCAGGUGUUGUUGAGGGUUGUGGAUGGGAAGAAGGGUGCUGCUGGGGAUGGUGGUGAUGGGGCAGCGAAGAGGGAGGUGAGGCAGAGGGGGUUGGAAGGAGUGUGGUUUCUGAGGUGGUUGAACAGGUGA